UCUCUUCUCUAUAUAAACUUCUCACAAACACUCAGAAACAAAGAAUUUGCAGAGAAAAUUAAAAAAGAAUCUCACCCAGAACCCAAUCUUCCAAUCCUCACCAAAAAAUAUAGAAUUGAAGGGAAAAAAAAUGAUAGCAUAUCUGGAGCAGUUUGUAUCAGAAUCAGAAAGCAACACAAAGUUACAAGAAGCUGAAGAAGAUGGAAACAACAACAACAAGAAGAUUGUAUUAUGCAGAGAAAUGGAGUUGCAAGGAAGUAUUGAUUUUGAUUGUAACAACAGUGCUAGCAGUAAUUUUUCUGAAGCUUGUAAAGAUUUCGGUGGUUUGAAUCAGAGUAGACCGUUAGGUGUUAUUAAACCAGUUGGUACAGAUGAUUUAGUUAGAGUUAUCAGAAGUGUUAUAUCAUCUUCAUCAUCAUCAUCAUCCUCUUCAAGUAAUAAUAAUUUGACUGUUGCUGUUAGAGGUAAUGGUCAUUCCAUUAAUGGUCAAGCCAUGACUGAUUCUAACGGUUUGGUUAUUUUGAUGAGAGAAAUCAAUCCUCAGAUUCAAAUUGUCACAAGAAAUCAUCAUAACAGUUGGAGUAAUGGUGGUUGUGGUAGUGGUGGUGGUGAUGUUUUUGUUGAUGUUGGUGGCGGGGUAUUAUGGGAAGAUGUUUUGUUACAUUGCUAUUACUCUGCUGGCCUUGCUCCAAGGUCAUGGACAGAUUAUUUAGGGUUAACAGUGGGAGGGACAUUAUCCAAUGCUGGUAUAAGCGGACAAGCGUUCCGAUACGGGCCACAAACAUCAAACGUAACGGAAUUAGAAGUCGUAACGGGGAAAGGAGAAAUCGUAACAUGUUCAGAAAACCAGAAUUCCGAGCUGUUUUUCAGUGUGUUGGGUGGUUUAGGCCAGUUUGGUAUCAUCACAAGAGCCAGAAUUCUACUCCAACCAGCACCACACAUGGUAAGAUGGAUAAGAAUGGUGUACAGCGAGUUCGACGAUUUCACAAAUGAUGCUGAGUUAUUAACAACUCGGGCUGAGUGUGACUCGUUCGAUUACAUUGAAGGGUUUGUGUUUGUCAACAGUGAUGACCCGGUCAACGGUUGGUCUUCAGUCCCAUUAAGUCCAAACAAAUUGUUUGACAAGAAUCGGAUACCCAAAACCGCCGGUCCGGUCCUUUACUGUCUUGAAGUGGCUCUGCAUUACAGAAACGGAGAUAAUGUCGACACUAUUGAUAAGGUUGCAAGUAAGAUGACUGGACGGCUGAGAUUUAUAAAGAAUCUACAAUUUGAAUUGGAUUUAAGCUAUGUUGAGUUUUUAUUACGUGUUAAGCAGCAAGAAGAAGAAGCUAAAGCUAAUGGUAUCUGGGAUAAUCCUCACCCUUGGUUGAAUCUAUUGAUAUCAAAGAAAGACAUAUCUGGUUUUAAUCAAACGGUGUUUAAGAAGAUACUGAAAGAUGGUAUUGGUGGGCCCAUGUUGAUUUAUCCCCUCUUGAAAACCAAGUGGGAUGCAAGGACAUCAGUUGUAUUACCAGAAGGAGAAAUAUUUUAUCUAGUGGCAUUAUUGAGAUUUCACCUGCCAAUGGGCCCAUCAGUACAAGAUAUGAUCACACAGAAUCAAGAGAUACUCCAGUGUUGUACUAAACAAGGAUUUGAUUUCAAGCUCUAUCUACCUCACUACCGUUCUGAUGAUCAGUGGAGAUCGCAUUUUGGUAAUCAAUGGUCAAGGUUUGUUGAAAGGAAAGCUAGGUUUGAUCCGAUGGCUAUUCUUGCUCCGGGGCAGAAGAUUUUCUCAAGGAAUAGUAAUCCGCUUUUGUAACGGGCUUUUGUUAUAGGACCGGCACGACUGAUCGAUGAUGACCGGACAGGCUCGGUUUGAAGAUGAUGAUGAAUGAUUGAAAGAAGAUCAGAAGAAUAUUAUUUUUGUUGCUUUUUGAUUAUUUUUCUUUUUUUUGCAUAUUUCAUGGACAUUGAUCUAUAAACAAUGUGGGACAAUGUAAAUGAAUAUUUUUAGUGGAAACCAAUUUUUUUAGUAGUUGCAUUA